GGCGUGAGUCUUUUCUUGGUGCGUUUUACCGUCCAGCUACUAUGCGCGCGCGCAGCGCACUCCACACUGAAGCGACUGCGAGCUGAAAAUGGGAUUCGAAAAUGAGAAAUCCGAGACGAGCAUUAUUUUGGACGAAGACGAGUUCAAUAGAUCUGUUGAACCUAUUCUAAACAAGAAAGAUAAAGUAUUUACGGAGACGCCAGAUAGAGACCCGCAAGACACAAAUGGAAACUUAAAGGUUAGCUUCGAGGAUGUCGUCGGCGAGCCCGGCACAGCUCACAGCUUCGACAAAGUGUGGAUCGGAAGUCACGCGGUGUUCGAACUGGUUAAAUAUGUACUGUACCGGCUGCUGACCACGGUACUGGCCAUCCCACUGUCAUUUGUUGCCGGGGUUGCCUUUGCGGUCCUCAGCUGCGUACAUAUUUGGGUGGCGAUGCCCGCGAUCCGAAGCCUCUUGAUGGUCCUGCCCCCCCUCCGGACCGUUUGGCAGAGUUUGACGGACAGGUUCAUCGCCCCGCUCUUCCACAGCGCGGGCGCGUGUUUGUCCGCCGUCGACGCCAAGGUCCUGGAAAACUGAGACGGCGAGACGAAGGCCAAGGAAAGCCUUCCAUUCGCGACCAGAUGUCUUCCUCUCCUUCCACGUCGUCUCCUGAGUCAGACGACAUUUUGUCCACACGGUUCUAUGGGAUCAAAUGCAAUGUGAGCUGCAGUAAAGUUAGCCUCAGAUGGGUUUGGUAAGACGUUACAUGACUGUGCAAUGCAAUACUGGACUGGUUUUUAAAUUAUUGAAUAUAUUGUUUAAAAGUGGACCAUUUAGAGUCCGAUUUAUUAAAAGAUAUAAUAUAAUGUGCAUAUUUACACAAAAACACACAGAUAUGCAGUAAGGCUAAAUAAAACUUUUUGCUGCAACU